GGCGAUUCCGGAGAUGGAGCUCGGACCAUCAGCGACUUCCAGAGCAUGCAUGUGCAAGAUCGGCCUUCGUCAUCCUUUCGAUCAUCCCAGAACAAUCACACCGUCGACAUCUUGGGUAGCGGACGCCAGUCAUGGCGGGUUUCGAAAGUGACCGUUUCCAGCCUUUAAGCACAUCCCGGGAACCCAAUCCGCUUCGACCAUACUACCACCCUCCCUCUAUCGGUCCCGCAGCGUCAUCGUCAUCCUUCCAAGCAGCACACACAGCACGACCUAAUGCGCGACCACCAACUGCUUCGAUCUCAAGCACCGCCCGAGAGCUUCUUCCAGAACUCGACCUUGAUCUGAAAAGCUCCGCAAGUGAAGCAUGGCAGCAUACGCGGAGCUUGUUCGAUACGCUACUUUACCGAUACACGAGCGUGCUCUUAGCUCAGCCAUUCGAUGUUUCCAAGAUCCUUCUACAAGUGUCGCUACCGCCCUCGGCGGAAGUGUCUUCGCCAGAGCGGAAAAGGGCAGAUCCAAGGCGGCAGCCUCCAGCUAGUGGACAGACCGAGAGAGGUUCAAACUAUGAGGAACGUCUGAAUGAAGUCUACGAAGAUGAAACAAGUGAUGAGACCGAGGGGAGCGACGACAUUCCCGAUUACUUCACAGCGACAGCGCCACGAAGUCGAUCACCACGUAAGCGAAGACGGACGCCACCAAGCGAGGAGUUGUCGCCAACGCCCACACCCAAGAACCGAAGAGAGCAAGAAGACCUCGAACGUGAGUACAAAUUGCGACUGAAGCGACCAGACAGCAUCACGAAUGUUGUCUCUGCGCUAUAUAAUACAUCUGGGGCCGUGGGCUUAUGGCGAGGCACGAACACGACGUUCCUCUACAAUGCCCUUAUGCGGACGACAGACGCUUUCAUACGCAGCUUGCUUCUUGCCGUAUUAGGACUUCCGGACAUCAUCGGGCCUGAUGCAAGCGGGUUGGGAAUGGCGUUUGGCGUACCCGGCAGUAUGGGCUUCAGCGGCCUGGAUCUCAGCGACAGCCCCAACCCUAUUGGCAGUCUGAUCGUUGUAGGCCUUUCCAGCUGUGUAACAGGAUUGUUGUUGUCACCACUUGAUAUGGUACGAACACGGCUCGUUGUAACGCCCAUUUCGCACGCUCCACGAGGCCUGGUGCAGAACCUUCGGAGUCUGCCGUCUCUGCUCGCGCCGUCUAGUCUCUGGCUCCCGACUGCGCUAGCCCACACAAUACCCCAGACCUUCUCCGCUGCAUGUCCAUUGGUCAUCAGGCGACAACUCAGGAUCACGCCCGAAACGUCGCCAAAUUUGUGGUCGCUGGCAGCGUUCUGCACGUGCAUGACGGACUUGUUCAUACGACUACCGCUCGACACCAUUGUGCGACGAGCACAGGUAGCCGAGAUGAAGCGCGCCCAGCCGGACAUACCAACUAUUGUCGAGCCAGCACCCUAUGCAGGACUUAGUGGCACGGUAUACAGCAUUUUCUACCUUGAGGGUGAAACGAAGAUCAAAGACCCCAGGACCGGCAUGAUCAAGAUUAGGAAAGGUCAAGGCCCGUCUGGGUUGGUUCGAGGGUGGAGAGUGGGCUUCUGGGGCUUGGUCGGAGUCUGGGGUGCUGGCGCAAUGGGUCCAGGAGAGCCCAAGGGACGAGGAGAGUUUUGAUCAUCUGGCAUGUUUGCGAGAUGCAUUUCGAGUGUGUUUUCUAGCGAAGCGAAGCGUUGGUAUUGUUUGCGCUUUACCCAUGGUAUACUCUGCUCUAUACAGAUAUGACUGUUCGCUCGCAUAUCGUAUGAACAGGUCUUUGCGCGAAGCUCUAUCACCAAGCGACGCGAUCACGCUUCAACGCUUGUAUGUCAUCUUGUUUCCAGAAGAUGUAAAAGCUUGACUCGGC